AUGACACACACAGCGACACCUCCUCCUCCUGCAGAUGUAUACGACGAGAAGACGACAGUGAUUGUCGUUGAUGUCCCCGGGACCGCCAAUCCCGUCGUUGAGAGUUCAGAGUUUGCGUAUAGGAGAACGAAUAUUGUGGGUAUAAACGACAGUGGAGUGCGGCUGGCCGCCAAACAUAUCCUCGACAAAAUGCGGCGCGAAACCUAUACUCCGCGAACUUGGCGAACCCAUCCACUCCACCUCUGUCCAGUCGAACCGUACUCGCCGACCGCGCCGUCGACCAAGGCGUGUCUGGAUUGGAUAUUCCUCAUUUCAGCACUCAACUUCAGUUUUUGGUCCGAGAAGGAGGACGGCUCGAGGUAUGGGGUCAGGUGGUACGAGAGCUGGGAGGGCAGCGAGAAGACAAGGAUAUGGACGGGGUACUGGAGCUUGGUUGCUGCGCUGGACCGAGCACUGCAGGAGUCGAUACCCAUAACUGACCCGCAAUUUUAUGCGUCUGAAACGCUUUGCCCAGACUCGCUCAUCGAGCAUGUCUUUCGGCCAGCCGAAGGCUGCACCGAGAACGUUCCUCUGCUAGCGCAGAGAAUUGCGAUAAUGCGGGAGGUGGGAUUCAUUCUUUGCCGUGCAUUUGGAGGCUCGUACCAAGGUCUUCUAGAUGGUUUCCAGCGCGAACAUGACGGCAAAGGCACAGCCCUCCAGCUUGUUCAGAAGGUCGUCGAUACAUUCCCGUCUUUCCGAGACGAAGUAUUCUUUGAAGGUCGAAGAGUUUGUGUCUGGAAACGCGCGCAAAUUCUGGUGGCAGAGACCUGGGCAGCCUUCUUCCCUGCCCCGCCGAUAACAUCCCACCCCCUCUUUCCUAAAGAGCCAGCGAUCCACCAGCUGACGAUGUUUGCGGACUACCGCGUCCCCCAAAUCCUCCACCACCUCCGCAUCCUCACCUACCCGCCUUCGUUGAUCGCUAAACUGCACGCGGGAACAUUACUCGCACCAGGAUCGGCAGAAGAGCUGAGUUUACGGGCUGCUAGCGUCGUUGCAGUUGAACAAGUUCGGAAAGAGAUGCAGUUGUUGGCCAAUGACGACACACAAGUCAGCAGCGUGUUGAUAGAUUUCUACCUUUGGGAUUUGGCUAAACGCGUGGAACGUGGGGAAGAGCGGAUCGAGGGUAUUGAAACAGCGGAAAUGGUACCGACCCAUCGCACAAGGAGUAUCUGGUACUAA